CUUUUGUACUGAGGCAGGGACUGCUGGAGACCUUAGAGAAUGUUCGCUAAAGUUUUGGGGGUGAAAACCAAAGUGCAGCAGGUUGAGUGGCGAAGGGAGCACAAAGAAGUGAACAUAGCGUAGAAUAUUUUCUAAUGAAGAGAGAAAGGAUGGCGUCCAGAAGGGCAAGAUAUACGAUAGAGGAAAUGAUUUUAAGCAUGGAAGGAACCUGAACAGGUUUACUGUACGGGAGAAAAAUAUCCAGUAGAACAGCAGAUGAGGGAGAUGCAGGCAAGACAGGGGACUAAGAUUAAUUAAAGUCCUUGAGAAAAUGGAAUAGGAGAUACUGGGAUCUAGAGCAUGGAGAUAAGGUUUAGCAAGAUAAGGGACUUCAUGGCUCAAUCACUUGAUUUGUUUGAUAACAAGGUCAUCUUCUUAAGGUGAAGAGGGAAGAGUGCAGACAGCUUGAGACUACAGAAGGCUUGAUAUAGCAAUUGAGAAUUAUGGGAGAAGGAGCUGAGUCAAAAAGAGCCCCUCGUACAUCCACCUACCCCACCCUCAGAUUAGAAAUUCAUACUACGUGCCUGGGUGUUAUCUCUCAGAACCUCUUGGAAACAAGAGUCCUCAGUAGGCUCACUGCAGUCUUCAGCACUGCCGCCCAGCCGACCUUCCCUGUAGGGGGCGCUGUGACACGUUGCUCUCUCUCCCAGGCAGAGCCCAGAGCGGGACUCAAUUUGCCCGCCUAGCGCGAGAGUUCUCUGGAGGACGGUUGGUCCCAGCAGGCCUUGCGGCAAGACUCGGAGUCUCUCUGUGGUGUGCUACCCUGUCGCUCCGGUAGGGGUUGGUGGCCCUCCCGGAGGGCCCAGAUAGACUUCAGGGAUUAACUUUUUGUGAGGAGGACGGGACAAGGGGGAAGGAGGCUGAGGAGGAGGCUAAGACUGGACAAGGAAUGUAAAAGGACUAAGCGAGGAGGUGAGGGGUAGACCGGUUGACGGCCCACCGUUUCUAACGGUAGUUGUGGUGGGUCGUCUGACUAGGCCGCCACAGCCAUGGCCUUUGACUUUGGGGACCGCAGGAGCGGGUUUUGCCACAGAGAAGUGGUCAUGUUCAUCAAUGAAGAGGUUGUCAAUAAUGGUGGCAGCCCAGACUUCUACCUGAGCUUCUGCUCGCGGCCCUGGAACGAGAUAGAGGACGGCCUACGCGCCAUCGUGGCCGAUCCACAAGUGCCGCGCGCCAUCAAGCGGGCCUGUGCUUGGAGCGCGCUGGCCCUGAGCGUGCGCGUGGUCGCGAGGCAGCCAGAGCAGCAGGCACGCCAGGUCCGGUGGCUGCGGGAACAGAUGGAGGGGCACGAGGCAGCCAACCGGGCUUUGGCCUCCGACCUGCAGCGGGUGCGCCAGGAGCGUGAGGAGGUGGUCUUGCAGUUGCGUCGCGCGCGAGACGACCUGCAGCAGGUGCUGUACGAGCGUGACAUGCUGUACUGGCAGCUGCUUCAGGCGGAGAGGUCCGCCCAGGCCGACACGCUGACCCAGGACGAUGAAGAGCAGAGUGAGGCACUGGCCGCAGGGUCACAGGGUGGGCAAGUUGUGUUGUCCCUGACGGAGGAGGCCCAGAUAGCAUCUGUGACAGAUGUGCUUUACCAACCAGGACUCCCUAGUCCCUGGGUCCAGGUUGUUCAACCCCCUCUGCCAAUGCCGAUGCCCGCACCAUUGCCUGCACCAUUGCCCGCACCAUUGCCGGCACCAUUGCCUGCACCAUUGCCCGCACCAUUGCCUGCACCAUUGCCUGCACCAUUGCCGGCACCAUUGCCCGCACCAUUGCCUGCACCAUUGCCCGCACCAUUACCCGCGCCAUACCCAGUGGCAUUCCCGUACCUACCACCUUCCCCACUUAGUCUAAUCUCGGAAGGGGAAGUGAUGGCAGGUCUUUCAGUCCCACCCCAGUUGCCUAUUGGGUAUAUCUACCCACCUGGCCUGCAGUCCGCUGCAGUGGAGUCCCAGGAGGAAAUAGCCUUGCGGAGGGCCCAGAGGAGCCAAAGUCAGGGGGAAGGUCCUGUGAGGCCUCCUGGGAUGGCCCCCCUGAUUGACAGCAGAAGCCAAGUCCAGGAGGAAAGUGCUGUGAGGCCCCGUUUCAGAAACCUCUCUGAGCACGGCUUGGACCAAGGAGACUCAAGGAAGCAACAAUCUCAGGUACAAAUGGCCAAGCUACCAAAAGCUCCAGGAACUUUGCAUGAAGCUAAAAAAGCUCCACCUCCCAAAGCUGAAGAAGCUCCGGCUCCCAAAACUAAAGAAGCUCAGGCUCUCAUAGCCGAAGCAGCUCCGGCUCCCAAAGCUAAAGAAGCUCUGGCUCCCAAAGCAGCUCCGGCUCCCAAAGCAGCUCUGGCUCCCAAAGCCGAAGCAGCUCCGGCUCCCAAAGCUAAAGAAGCCCCAGCUCCCAAAGCCAAAGCAGCUCUGGCUCCCAAAGCCGAAGCAACUCCAGCUCCCAAAGCUAAAGAAGCUCUGGCUCCCAAAGCCGAAGCAGCUCUGGCUCCCAAAGCCGAUGCAGCUCUGGCUCCCAAAGCCGAAGCAGCUCUGGCUCCCAAAGCCGAUGCAGCUCUGGCUCCCAAAGCUAAAGAAGGCCAGGCUCCCAAAGCUGAUGCAGCUCCGGCUCCCAAAGCUAAAGAAGCUCUGAUUCCCAAAGCUGAAGCAGCUCUGGCUCUCAAAGCUAAAGAAGGCCAGGCUCCCAAAGCCGAAGCAGCUCCUUCUCCCAAAGCUAAAGAAGCUCCAGCUCCCAAAGCUAAGGAAGCUCCUCUGCCUCCCAAAGUUAAAGAAGCUCCGGCUCCCAAAGCUAAAGCAGCUACAGCUCCCCGUGUGUGAAUCCUGACAAAAUAUCCCUCUGGCUCUUAACAACCUUCACCUCAGUGGGACCUUAACUGGCUGGAGCUAAAAAAAAGUGCAAAGAAAUCAGGGAAAAGGAGACAUUCUGGCACAUAUUUUGCAACAAGGGAGAGCAGACAGAUUUUGUUAGAAUUUAAUCCUUCUGUUAACAAAAUGGGAUUGAUAUAGCCGAGUUCAAAUGGGGUUGGGAACGUAGUGUUAAAUUUUAGAGAUUAUAGCAAGUUUGUUGAAUUUCAUUAAUUAAUUAAACAAAUAGUCAUUGAUAGCCUAGUAUGUGUUAGAAACUACAAUUCUAAUGUUAUUAUCUGGUGCACACAUUAUAAUCUAAUUGGGUGAGUUUGGUCAGAUGACAAAGAGGCCUAAUUUGAAAUACAGUGUAGAUAAGGGGUAUGUCUUCUUUUUUUAUAUGUAUUUUUAUUCUUAAUUUUUUAAAUAAUUUUUUUCUUUUUCUUUUUUUGUUUUUGUUUUUUUAGUAGAAGCUGCCAUUGAAAGGGGGUGUGUCUUCCGAGCUUUGCAUGUAGUGUAGCCUUUGGAUAAACCCAGUUGAAAUAAUAUAAAGAUUUAUUUCUGUGAAUCUAGGGACAUCUAAGAGACUUUCAUGAAAGGCUUUGAGUGACUGAACUGCUCGUUUUAGUCCCAGUGGAGAUGAAUGGGCAGUGGCAAAUAUUGGGAAAGUGGCCUCACACAAGUACAGGCAGGGCUUUUCUCAUCCUCUGCAGAUGUCUUCCCUUGAGAGGGACAGCUAUUUUCCUAGUUGCCCACCAGCCUGCCUGAAAGACCACUGGGGUGACUUAAGGAAAGACAGUGCUUGGGGAAGUGUUAGCUACAUGCUCCAGCCCUCAGCCUUGGGCUGCUCCCAUCUCAGGUCCCUUUCCAAUCCACGGUGGAUGAAGAACAAAAUGGAUUUCAAGAACAGACAUUGGGGCCAUCAGGGUAUGGAUUGUGCUUCUCUUGGGAGGACUAAUUGGGUUAAAAAUAGAACUGGACUGGGGUGAGAACUCUUGAGGAUGCCUUGGACCCCUUCUCUUCCUCUUGUGUUCUAUGCAGGCUCUGCUCCCCCAAGGCAAGGAGGGAGCCAGGGUGGAGCCCAGGAGUGGGAGGUUAUAUCCACCUCCAGUCUGAGCUAAACUUGUCCUCGAGUUCCCCCAUAGAAUCCCACCCUGCUCACCAAGAUCAACCUUUGUCAGGGGCUUUCUGUUCUAACUCAUAAUAAAGAGUGUGCACUUGC